AAUUACUACAGCUUCCUCCAAACCUCGCGCGUUCCUCCGGCGCGACAAACAUGCCUCGUCGAACAAGAGCAGAACUGCCAGAGGGCGAUACAGACUCUCUCAAGGAGAACUCUGCUCUUUCUAACGGCGUCAAGGAUUCGGUCAAAAAGGAGAAAGUAAAAGACGAGAAAGGGAAAGGCAAGGCGAGGCGUAUCGAGCCUGAAUCUGUGGAUGAAGAGUCAGAUCAGACUCAGGCUGAUGACAAUGCCGAUGUCGACGCUGAUGGUGAUGUGGAUACUGAGGGUGAUGUGGAUGCUGACGGUGAUCCCGAGAACGUGGACGGCUCGCCAAGAAGCCGCAAGCGCACUCGCGUCAAUGCAGAGGGCGACUUUGCUCCCUCCACCCCGAAAAGGGAGCAAGUAGCGACACUUCCUCGUGAUGCCGACGGUUUCAUCCCUGGUUCAAUUGUGCGCAUUCAGUUGCACAACUUCCUUACAUACGACUGGGUGGAAUUUCGACCUGGUCCAUACCUCAACAUGAUACUCGGUCCCAACGGCACUGGUAAAAGCAGUAUUGCUUGCGCAAUUUGUCUCGGACUCAAUUGGCCUCCGAGCAUCCUUGGUCGCGCAAAUGAGAUUUCUAGCUUUGUUAAGCAUGGCAAAGAGAGUGGCUACAUUGAAGUUGAACUUAAGGGUGCAAAGGGUCAAAAGAACCUUGUGAUUCGACGCAACCUGAGCGCCAAGUCCAAAAGCUCGACUCUGACUCUUAACGGACAAUCUUGUACUGGAAAAGAAAUCACUAACCGCAUGGCGAAACUCAAUGUUCAAGUUGGAAACUUAUGUUCGUUCUUGCCUCAGGACAAGGUCUCCGAGUUUGCGCAAAUGACUCCGCAGCAGUUGCUUAGAGAGACGCAACGUGCCGCGGGGGAUGUUAAUUUGUCGAAUUGGCAUGACACACUGAUUACCGCUGGCAAGGAGCUUAAGAAUCUCCAAGAUGUUUGUGAAUUUUCUGCUUUAACAUCGCCUUCGAUUCACAGGUACCUUGCAGAAAUCCAGUGAUGAGCAAGAGCGGUUGAAGACGAUGCAAGAGCGUAAUUCCCAACUUGAGCGAGACGUUCAGCGUUAUCAA